AUGGACCGCGUUUCUCGUCUCUCUGCCCACUUUGUCCACGACACGCAGGGUUUGGCCGGGAGCGUGCACCCUGAGGCCACCAGCGCCAGCGGUUCUGGCAAGUUCAAUGUAGCCCUGCUCGGCGCCGCUGGCGGCAUCGGCCAGCCCCUUGCCCUCCUCCUCAAGCAGUCUGCCUACAUCAAGGAGCUGAGGCUGUACGACGUUGCCAACACAGCCGGCGUGGCCGCGGACCUGUCCCACAUCGCCACCGGCGCCCGUGUGACCGCGCACUCCGGCGCCGAGGCGCUGGGCACGGCGCUGUUCGGCGCGGACCUGGUGGUGGUCCCCGCCGGCGUGCCGCGCAAGCCCGGCAUGACGCGCGAUGACCUGUUCAACAUCAACGCCGGCAUCGUGAGGACGCUGGUGGCGGGCGUGGCGCGGUACUGCCCCGCCGCCUGGCUGGCCAUCAUCUCCAACCCCGUGAACUCCACCGUGCCCAUCGCGGCCGAGGUGCUGAAGGCCGCCGGGGUCUACGACCCCGCCCGCCUCUUCGGCGUGACCACGCUGGACGUCGUCCGCGCCCGGGCCUUUGUCGCCGAGGCCACGGGCGCCGCGCCGGAGGCCGUCACCGUGCCCGUGAUUGGGGGGCAUGCCGGGGUCACCAUCCUGCCCCUCCUCUCCGCCGCCGUGCCCCAGCCCAGGCUGUCAGAGGCCGAAGCAAAGGCGCUGAUGGCACGCAUCCAGGACGCCGGCACAGAGGUCGUCAAGGCCAAGGCAUGUCUGGCUGGCGCAGGCAGCGCCACGCUCUCCAUGGCGUAUGCUGCCGCCGAGUUUGCCACGUCGUGCCUGCGAGCCAAGGCCGGGGAGCGGGGGGUCGUGGAGUGCGCGUACGUGGCCUCUAACUUGACAUCCUCGCCCUUCUUCGCGUCGCCGGUGGAGCUGGGGCCCGGCGGCAUCGCCCGCAUCCCCCCCUUGCCGCGCCUCAGCCCCCUGGAGCAGGCCGGAUUCGCGGCCAUGCAGGAGGAGCUCGCAUCCAGCAUCAACAAGGGCCUGGAGUUUGCGCCCUCCACAAUGGCACCAUCCGCGAUCGAGGUCAAUGCCGUUCUCCGGCCACUCCUCCUCAAGGACCUCCGUAACCAGUGCCGGGCUCGGGGCCUCACCCCUGCCGGCAGCCGCGAGUCCUUGAUGGACCGCCUACAGGAGCACAUGUUGUCCACAGGCGACAUGACUAUCGUGUCGGAUUUCACGGGCGACCUCCUGCCGUCUGCGGUCGGAAAUCUCGCGCCGACCCACGCGGAUGGCGCUGAAGCCGAGGGUGAAUACAAGGAGAACGCCCCGGGUCACUCGCAGGCCGGUUUCGGGUCCGAGGAUGUCUCCGGCCACGUCAAGAACAACUACGUUCGGCCCGAGGGCCAGAACGUGGGCAACUUCCUGACCGGUCGGUCAUCCUCUAGGGUGCUGGCCCCGCCCGGCGGGCACACCAACAUCACCUUUGGCUAG